AGUUGGCAACAUUGGGUGGGAAUAGUCAAGUAGUGCAAAUUGCAAAACCUAGCCAGUUGUGUACUGUGUAGUGUGCUGUUUCCGUUCGCGUAAUCUUAAUUGCAUCAUGGACGUGGUCCAAUUUUUAGAGAGAGAACAGACAAUGUUGUGGCGCUCGCCAGCGUGUCGACUGUGUACUAUUAUGCAACUUGAACAUACGCUUCAAAGGUAUGGUACAUUAACCACAAUGAGCAGUCCUGAAAUAGAGAACUAUAUGUUCCAAAGAGCAACAUCACAGAUUGAAUAUAUGGAGUUACUUGCAAGAUUUGUUUUUCAUAUCGGACAAUUUUCUCAAAAGAAAGGACGCGGGAUGGCUGGCUCUGAUGGAGGAGCAGCACAAACAAUACUGGAUCCCAUAAAUCUAAUGUUAGAAUGGCCAAGGCAAGAUUACACUUAUUUAAGGCCCAGGAUUUACCUCUGAUGGGACUGGAUCCACAGACUACAGCCACCAUCUCAAACUCCUGCCGAUAAUUGUGUCAGCUUGGAGGCCGACUGGCUACUGGCAGGUAACCAUGACUUCUAUAUCUGCCCCAAUGCAGGGGCAGCAGCCAGGCAGCUAGAAUGCAUCCCAUCAGGUUUGAAGCACAAGAUCCCACAAGUAGCAACACCAGUACAUUCACAACUGCUGGGCAGCUCAAAUCAGGAUACCUGUUAUUUAAAUUAUCACAAUUAAUCAUGCUGCUUUAUAUAUUUUAAUGUAAAAUAAAGAACUGGAGACUGGGAGUUUUUGUAUUAAAAUUGAUAUCUUUAUACAAAAAUAAAAGCGGAGUUAUAAAUCAGA